AUGCAGAGUACAACUAAUUACCUUUGGCACACUGAUGACCUUCUAGGGCAGGGGGCCACUGCUGGUGUGUACAAGGCCUGAAACAAGAAAUCGGGGGAAGUGGUUGCUUUAAAGGUCUUCAAUUCAACCAGCUACUGGCAGCCCCCUGAGGUGCAAGUGAGGGAGCCUGAAAUCCUGGGGAAACUGAAUCAUCAGAACAUCGUCAAGCUGUUCGCUGUGGAGGAAACAGUGGGAAGCAGCCAGCAGAAGGUGCUGGUGAUGGAUUAUUGCUCCAGUGGGAGCCUGCUGAGUGUGCUGGAAAACCCUGAGAACACCUUUGGGCUUCCUGAGGAGGAGUUCCUGGUGGUACUGCGCUGUGUUGUGGCUGGCAUGAACCACCUGCGGGAGAACGCAUUGUCCACCGUGAAUAUCAUGCGCCUGAUGGGGAAGGAGGGGUAGAACAUCUAUAAGCUGUCUGACUUCGGGGCUGCCCAGAAGCUGGACGAUGAUGAGAAGUUUGUUUCUGUCUAUGGUACAGAAGAGUACCUACACCCUGACAUGUAUGAGCGGGCAGUGCUUUGCAAACCCCAGCAAAAGGCGUUCGGGAUGACUGUGAAUCUCUAGAGUAUUGUGGUGACCCUGUACCAUGCAGCCACUGGUAGUCUGCCCUACAUCCCCUUUGGUGGGCCCUGGCACAACAAGGAGAUCAUGUAUAGAAUCACCACAGAGAAGCCAGCCGGGGCCAUUUCAGGGACUCAGAGGCAGGAAGAUGGGCCCCUGGAGUGGAACUAUAGCCCCGUCACCUGCAGACUGUCCAUGGAAGGGCUGCAGAGCCAGCUAGUGCCCAUCCUAGCCAACAUCCUGGAGAUAGAACAGGCUAAGUGCUGGGGCUUCAAUCAGUUCUGCAGUGACAUCCUGCAGCAAACCAUCAUCCAUGUCUUCUCCCUGCCCCAGGUGGUCUUGCAUCAUGUCUACAUCCAUGCCCAAAACACGAUUUCCAUCUUUUUGGAGGCUGUAUGUGAGCAGACCAACGUGGCCCCCAAACAACAGGAGUAUCUCUUUGAGGGUCACCCCUGUGUCCUUGAGCCAAGCCUCUCAGCACAGCACGUGGCCCACAGAAUUGCCAGCAGCCCUCUGACUCUGUUCAGUAUGGCCAGUGAUACACCCAAGGGGCUGGCCUUCAGAGACCCUGCUCUGGACAUCCCAAAGUUCGUCCUCAAGGUCGACCUACAGGUAGAUUACAGCACAGCUAAGGGGGUGCUGGGAGCUGGCUACCAGGCCCUGUGGCUGGCGUGGGUCCUGCUGGAUGGGCAGGCAUUGAUGCUUCAAGGGUUAUGCUGGGUCCUGGAGGUGCUUCAGAACACGUGCCAGCAGACACUAGAGGUCACACGGACAGCCCUUCUCCUCCUCAGCAGCAGUCGGGGCUCUGAAAGGUUCAACAGUGGUACCAGGAAACCUCACUUCUAGGAACUAAAGGAGGCCACAGAGCUGAGGUCCAAGCUUCAGGCUUGCUCAGAGGUCCUCUCUAGAUGUUCCCACAAUGUUAUAGAAACCCAAAUGAGCCUGAACUGCCUGGGUGGAGAGCUUUUAAAGGACCAGGAUCAAAUUCAUGAGGACCACAGAAGUAUCCAGAAGAUCCAGUGUUGUUUGGACAAGAUGUGCUUCAUCUACAAACAGUUCAAGAAAUCUAGGAUGAGGCCAGGACUCAUCUACAAUGAGGAGCAGAUCCACAAGCUGGAGAAGUGAGAUUUUUCUCAUUUAGCCAAGAGGCUCCUGCAGGUGUUCCAGGAGGAGUGUGUGCAGAAGUAUCAGGUGUUGCUGGUCACACACGGCAAGCAGAUAAGGCAGGUUCAGAAGGCCCAGAACCACCUGCACCUCAUUGGCUGCUCUGUGGCUGCCUAUAACUCAGAGGCCUGGGAAGCUCAGGAGAGCCUGAGUAAGAUCUUUGAUCAGCUCCUUCUGGACAGAGCUUCUGGACAGGGGGCUCAGGUCUCACCACAAUCCAUGGCUCCACAUCCCAGCCCUGAUUCAAAGGACUUGGUCUUUCAAGUGCAGGAGCUUUGUAAUGAUAUGAAGCUAUUGGCCUUUGAUCUCCAGGACAACAACUGCCUCAUCGAAUGGCUACACAGAGUCCCAUCAGCACCAGAUGUCUGAGCUUUCUGGGAAUACACAAGGCACAAGGGUACAUUAGAACCACUCAUACUAUACCCCUACACUGUGAGACCAAAUUCAGGGCAAGUUCUGGUCCCAUCUCACCAGCCUACCUCCCUCUUGGCCACUGGCCAACAAAGUAGCAGUACUUUUGAAAGAAUCAGACUAACUUUGUAACUUAUGUUUCUUUUAAUUGCCUUAUAACUUAUAUUUUCAAGUUUUAGGCCCAUGUUAAUUAAAGCCUCUUAGUGCUUCUCCAGAGAACAGAGGAAUGUAAAAGUUCCUGACAUUAGCCAUCUGUAAGGACAGGAUAAGGAAGAGAACAAGCAGAGAUAUCUACUAAGUGGAGAGAAAUUCACUGGCUGGUCAGCGCCUAUGAGAUAAACUUUGUUUAGAAACUGGGCCAAAUGGCCCCAAUCCUUCUCCUGAAUAGCUCCUGACCUUUGACCCAAAGCCUAUAGCCCCCACUCCUCAGAACAGACGUGGGAUGAGUUAAUCACUCUCCCACCUUUAACUGCAGCUAUAUCUCAUAUGGCAGGAAAUUCCAAACUGACUUGAAGAUCAGAUAUU